CCAGUAACGCCCAGCGCGAACCGGUCAACUACCCCUUUUCUCUGUUCUGUACGAAAAGCUAAUUCUCCAACUGUCACAGCUUCCACCUUCGACAAAUCCACGGUAAGGGAGGCUCGCCGUCAAUAAAAAAACUAAGACAAAUCGGAUCACUGAAACUCGCUAUGUCGAUUCGGUAUAUGCUGGAUUCCAGCGUUUCUGCUAAGCUCCUUCCUUUUUGGAUUUUGUUCAGCUUCUUUUCCGAAAGUGUAUCAUCGGGAGUAGUCACACUGGAUUCGAUUGUAAUAUUCAAGACCCACGAAUGGUUAAACGCCAAACCGAAGGUUUAUUUUCAGUGUAAAGGAGAGAACAAGACUGAAUUACCUGAUGUUAAGAAAGUCCAUGUUCUGUAUAGUUUCAAAGGCGAAGAAUCUUGGCAGCCUCUGACAGAGCUUCCCGAUAAGAAAUGCAAGAGAUGUGGAUUCUACGAGAAGGACACCAUAAAAUCUGACGAUGUCUUUGAGCAGUGGGAGUUUUGUCCUUCUGAUUUCAAGGCUCCUCAUGGCAAAUACGCACGAUUCAAGGAGAAGGAAUUCAAUGCCACCUUUUCCUGUGUACAGUGCGUCACUGUUAAUGCAGUUGCGUCAAAUUCUGACUCCCACGGUAGAGGAAGGGGAAUGCACAUUGUCCUGGUGAUAUUGAUAAUUUCUCUGGUUACAACUGUAUUGGUUCUUGGUGCCGUGGUCACAUACAAGUAUUGGCAAAAGAAGAGGAGGGAGCAAGAGCAAGCUAGGUUCCUGAAGCUUUUUGAAGAUGGGGAUGAUAUAGAAGAUGAACUGGAUCUUGGAACAGUAAUAUGACAAAUGAAUGUUAAGGGCUCGUCAUUUGUGCAGUGAGUUGAUGAGACAUGGAUGAAUUUUUGUGCAAUCUUUUUUAUGCUUUUGGACUUUGUGAAUAUACAGAGUAAUAUAGGUGACAAUAAUAGCAUUACUACUAAGCACAUGGUUCAAGGUUAAUAAUUCCUAAGAGCGAUAGUCCUCAACUAGCGCAGAAUGUAAGUUGUUGCAGCUUAAAGAUGAAAGGAUAUUUGAAGAUGAAAGAUUCAUCUUCAUGGAUAUGUUGCCUUUCGAAUGACCGAUAUUGCAAAUUUUUUGUACUCUGUUGAAGAACUUAAUUGGUUUGUGUUAUUAGGAACGCUCCGUAAAUGGAUUGAUCAGCUUCUGGAUUUUA